UUCCACCUACCGGACAAAAGUCGCUCGCACUCGAAUCCGAAACAAGACCGAAACAAAGUUCAGAACGAAUCGAAUCGAAUCGAAUCCAAAAUAAACCAUCAUGACAAAACAACAACAACAACAACGAGGCUCCUCUUUCUCGCGGAACGCCCUGGUGGCGGCGGCGUCGGUUGCCGCGGCAAUGGCUGCAGGCGCAAGCGCAUGGAUGCCACCGGCCAAGACGAUUUCGUCCCACAMCAAAAACAUUCCCAACACGAACCACAACGGGCAGCAGCGGCUCCCCCGGCCGGAACAAUCGCUGCCGCUCCGAGACCGGCAACGGCUGUUCAUGGCCGCCGAGGAAACCGCCGCCUCGCCGUCGCCCAUGUCCUUUCUCGAGGAAGACGAGUGGAAAAGUGUCGAGGACCUCCACGACACCGCGACUAAGAAAGCCGCGGACAGCGACGCAUCCUACCAGGAGGCCGCGGAGGAAAUCAUCCCCACCCUGUCGAACGCGCUGAUCAUGAAGCUMCGCAGCGGGGAGCAGCUCGUGCCCCCGGAGGCGGCCGGGGAUGCUUCCAACGACCGGCUCCUCGGGAUCUUCUCGGAGGUUUCAAAGGCCCUCAACACGAUGGCGGACCGCCGCCUCGAUACGGCCCGCGACACGCUGAAGCAACUGAUGAACGCGGGCGAGAUCAAAAAGCUCGAUGCCCUCAUCGGAAAAUCCGCACGGGAACGACGACUGGACGUUGCCUUUUUCCAGGUCCUGCAGAUGAACCUCCGGGACGCGAGCGAGGAAGCCCAGGGAGAGAAGGACGGUGCGGUGGACCGCUUCCAGAUCCUGCAGCACAUCUACACGCGGUGCCAGGAAGAGGUGGAAAAGACGAUCAACCCCGGAACGGCCCUCCUCAACAAGCUCCUGCGGACGGAGGUCGAUUCCAUCCGCAAGAACCAGCUGAACCACUACCUGUGCCCCGCGAAGACGACCAUCACGUCGCCCGACGGCAAGGAAAUCGUGCUGAACAACGGGGAGCCUAGCAAGCCCCUCGUCGCCCACGACGAUUUCUGCGUGGCCAUUGGCAACGCCGUCCAGCAGAUCCGGACCGUCGAGAAGUCGGGGGCCACCAGCCCCGCCGUGGCGGCCGACCUGGUCGAAUCGAUCCGGCAGGUGGCCAUCCAGGGGCGUUUCGUGAUCGGGGAGCACUUYGGUGGGAACUCGACCGAGGUGAUCGCGUUCGAGGACGCGCUGGAACCCGUCUUCCGACCCACCUCGCCCGACAGCCCCUACAUCCAGGGGGAGCAAUAAGCCAAACGCGAUGUUGUACGGUACAAAUCCACGAACAGACAAAAGCCACCGAUCAACAAGCAUGAAAGCGUCCGGUACAGAAACGGAAACAAACCAUAACGCCUUCUUUUGCUUUCCCCAAAUUGCCUAGACCAAACCUGUUGGAUUUCAAAAUGCAAUUGAAAUGUGUGCGAUUCGAUAGCUAUGCGAUUUCAUUGCAAGCACAUUCCAUCGCAUUUUUCGAUCGCCAUUUGUCAGAUUUACAAUCACGCUGGACGUUUACCCAAGAUAAUAACUAUUUUGACUCAUA